UCCCCUUCAUUCGCAGUCCGGGCGCGUUCUCAGCAGGAUCGCGGAGAGCCGGUGCUCCUCACCCCUAGUCCCCGUGGUCCUGGGAGCACGUCCCCUAGCCCCUCGGCGUCCCCGCGGUCCCUGAAAGGCCGCUAGCCAGCGGGUGUAGAAGAGCCACUGAGCCAUGGGCGCGGGCAGUUCCACCGAGCAGCGGAGUCCCGAGCAGCCGGCGGGGAGCGACACGCCGAGUGAGCUGGAGCUCAGUGGCCACGGGCCCGCAGCGGAAGCACCAGGAGCAGCUGAAGAACCUGCCGACGCGGACCCCGCCACCAAGUUCCUGCAGAAGAAUGGGCAGCUGUCUGUUGUCAAUGGCAUAGCUGAACAAGGAGAUGACCAUGUCCAAGAGGGAAGCCAGGAUGGACAGGAGGAAGAAGUCAUUGUGGAAGACGUUGGACAGAGAGAGUCAGAAGAUGUGAGAGAAAAAGACCGAGCUAAAGAAAUGGCUGCCAACUCUGCAGUUGUUGAAGACAUCACAAAGGGUGAACAGGAGGAGAUGCCUGAGAUAAUCGAACAGAUCCCUGCUCCAGAGAGCAACGUAGAAGACACAGCACCGCCCACUGAGUCCCAGGCUAAUGAUGUUGGCUUCAAGAAGGUAUUUAAGUUUGUCGGCUUUAAAUUCACCGUGAAAAAGGAUAAAAAUGAGAAGUCUGAUACGGUCCAGCUACUCACUGUCAAAAAGGAUGAAGGCGAAGGAGCAGAAGCCACAGUGGGAGCAGGUGACCACCAGGAGCCCGUCAUGGAAACCGGAGAGUCAGCAUCCAAAGAAAGUGAGCUGAAGCAAUCCACCGAGAAGCCAGAAGACGCCACGAAGAGAGCUCGGAGCAGCACAGAAGAAAUUCCCCUUCAGGCUGAAUCUGGUCAAGUGGCUGAAGAAGAAGCCAAAAAUGAAGAAGAAAAGCAAGAAAAAGAACCCACCAAGUCCGCGGAAUCUCCAACCAGUCCAGCCAGUGGUGAGACGACGUCUUCCUUCAAGAAAUUCUUCACUCACGGUUGGGCUGGCUGGCGCAAAAAGACCAGCUUCAAGAAGCCAAAGGAUGAGGAGCUGGACACUUCUGAGAAGAAAAAGGAGCAAGAGGCAGAAAAAGUCAAUGAGGAAGAAAAUGAAAAGACAGAAGAAGGUCCUUCUGAGCAUGCUCCAGCCUCCGAGCAGCAGGAGCCCACAGAAGACACAAGUCAGGCCAGGCUGUCCGCAGAUUAUGAGAAGGUGGAGCUGCCCUUGGAAGAUCAGGCUGGUCUGGACGGAUUGGCAGAGAAGUGUGCUCCGUUGGCAACGGAAGUAUUUGAUGAUAAAAUAGAAGUCCACCAAGAAGUUGUUGCGGAGGUCCACGUGAGCACCGUAGAGAUGGCGGAGGAGCAGGAAGGGAGGAAAGAGGCAGACGGGGAUGUGAAAGAAACGGGAGAAUCCGUGCCCCCUGAAAAACCAGCUGAGACCAAGGAGGCUUCUCAGGAAGCUGAGCCUGCUGAGGACCUGGUGAAGAGCAAAGAAGUGUGUGUCUCUGGAGGUGACCACACACAGCUGACAGAUCUAAGUCCCGAUGAGAAGUUGUUGCCCAAACACCCAGAAGGCAUUGUCAGUGAGGCGGAGAUGCUGUCCUCUCAAGAGAGGAUCAAGGUACAAGGGAGCCCUUUGAAGAAACUCUUCAGUAGCUCCGGCUUAAAGAAGCUGUCUGGGAAGAAGCAGAAGGGGAAACGAGGGGGCGGAGGAGACGAAGAACCAGGAGAACACCAACAGGUCCAAACCGAGUCCCCAGAGAGCGCCGACGAGCAGAAAGGAGAGAGCUCGGCGUCCUCCCCUGAAGAGCCUGAGGAGAUCACGUGUCUGGAGAAAGGGCUGUCGGAAGCACAGCAGGAAGGGGACGUCGAGGAAGGAGCUACUUCUGAUGGGGACAAGAAAAGGGAAGGAAUCACCCCCUGGGCAUCUUUCAAAAAGAUGGUGACACCCAAGAAGCGGGUCCGAAGACCUUCUGAGAGUGACAAGGAAGAAGAAGUGGACAAGGUCAAGAGCGCCACGCUGUCGUCCACAGAGAGCACAAUGUCAGAAAUGCAGGAGGAAGCCAAGACGGCUGGAGAGGAGCAGAAGCCAGAAGAACCAAAGCGGAAGGUGGAUACUUCGGUGUCGUGGGAGGCGUUAAUUUGUGUGGGGUCCUCCAAGAAGAGGGCAAGGAAGGCAUCCUCUUCAGACGACGAAGGAGGGCCGAGAACAGUGGGAGCGGAGGAGUCCAGCAAAGACAAAGAAGCCGGAACCGAAUCUGCCCCUGCCAGCACCCAGGAACACGAGCAAGCGCAAGGAAGUUCUUCCCCCGAGCCAGCCGGAAGCCCUUCUGAAGGGGAAGGUGUCUCCACCUGGGAGUCAUUUAAAAGAUUAGUCACUCCACGAAAGAAAUCCAAGUCAAAGCUGGAAGAGAAAGCGGAAGACUCCGGUGCAGAGCCAUUGGCUUCAGAUGUUGAACCAGGUAAAGAAGAGUCUUGGGUUUCCAUUAAGAAAUUUAUUCCUGGACGGCGGAAGAAAAGGCCAGAUGGGAAGCAAGAACAGGCCGCUGCGGAAGACGCGGGGCCCACAGAAAUCAAUGACGAUGACCCGGACGUCCCUGCCGUCGUGCCUCUGUCUGAGUACGACGCGGUGGAAAGGGAGAAGAUGGAAGCCCAGCAGGUCCAGGAGAGUGAGGAAGGACCCCGGCUAGAGGGUGCUGUGUAUGUGUCUGAGGAGCUUAGUAAGACGCUGGUUCACACCGUGAGUGUGACUGUCAUUGACGGGACCAGGGCGGUCACCAGUGCCGAAGAGCGGUCUCCUUCUUGGAUCUCCACUUCCGUGACAGAACCCCUUGAGCACGCCGAAGAAGCCACGCCAUCCACUGAGGAGGUUACUGAAAGAGACAUCAUUGCAAAAGAAGCCCCCGCGGUCACCCAGACCUUACCAGAGGCCCAAGAUGCCCAUGACGACACAGUUAUCAGCGAGGUAGAAUUCACCUCCGAAGCCGUGACAGCUGCAGAAACCACAGAGGCCCUCCACGCGGAAGAAGUCACCGAAGCCUCGGGGGCAGAAGAGACCACAGACAUGGUGUCAGCGGUUUCCCAACUGACUGACUCCCCGGACACCACCGAGGAAGCCACCCCGGUCCAGGAGGUAGAGGGUGGUGUGCAGGACAGAGAAGAGCAGGAGCGACAGACACAAGCUAUCCUCCAAGCAGUCGCAGAAAAGGUGAAGGGGGAGUCACAGGCGCCUGCCGCCCAGACCGGACAGAGAGCAGGGCCCAAAGCACUGGAGAAGGUGGAGGAGGUAGAAGAAGAUUCCGAAGUGCUAGCUGUGGAGAAAGAGAGGGAUGUCGUGCCGGAAGAACCCGUGCAGGGAGCCGAAGCUGAGCAUUCUGCCCAGGGCUCUGAGAUUGUUCAGACUGCCCCCGAGAGCCUUACAGAAGUUCCCGAAGUCACGGCGGGUGUAGAGUUGAAGGAGCAGGUCACCGCAAGCCAGCUUAUAGAGCCCCAGCAGCUGGUGGAUCAAGCUGCAGCCCCCGAGUCAUCCGAGACCCUGACAGACAGCGAGACAAACGGAAGCACUCCCCUAGCUGAGUCAGAUACUCCAGAUGUGCCACAGCAAGAGGAGACCAUUGAAAGCCAGGACAGUGAAGCCAUCGCAACUGACGGGCAGUCGCAGGUCACAGAGGCAGUGAUAGCUCCCGCUCAGGAGGAGGAACCUUCAAUACCACCGGAUUUUCCACCCCAAGGAGAACAUGGGGGAAAACCAGGAAGAGACGUUCUAGAACCUACACAUCAAGAGCUUGUGGAAGGGGUGCCUGUUUUGGCAAAGACUGAGGCGGGUCAGGAGGCUGGCCUCCUUGUUGAGAAAGUCGAAGACGAACUAUGUGUUGAAGGACCGGAGGGGUCUGCACACACAGAUGGACCCGACAGUCGAGAGGCGAUUGCUGAAGUGGUAUGUGACGGUGAAGUAUUGGGAGCCCCCGAAUCUCAAGAAAGCAAGAAUGUGGAGGUGCGGAGUCCUAGCCCGGAGGAGAGAGAGGUGGAAACCGGUGUCGAAAAGGAGAAAACCGAAGCAAAGCCAGAGCAAGUGAGUGAAGAACGCGAGCAGAAGACGGCUGCUCCUGAACCUGAAGAAGCCCCCCCACAGCCCAUCCAGACAGCUGGUGUGUCCGACUCAGAGAAAGAAAGCUCUUCCCUCCCAGACCAAGACAAAGCCGUUUGUGUAGAGGUUCAAAGCUCGGAGCCACCGGGAACUCCCACAGCCGAACCUGUGAGGGCGGCUGAGGAAACUGUCACGAUUUCCGAAGCAAGUGAAAGUCUGGAGUCUGUGGGUGUGCAUUUAAUACCAGCCGAGAAGUCCUCCGAAGAGGGUGACUGCUCGACUCCUCAGCAUGGAGAGGAGGACACUGUGCCCUUGGGGCCCGAGUCUCAGGCAGAGUCACCCCCAGCAAUAGCAUCACCGGCUCCUGAAAACACCCUCCACUCUGGCCUGCAAGGAGAGAUAAGCGCCUCCCAGAAAGAGGGAUCCGCUGAAGAUGACGAGCAGGUUGGUGGUCAAGGAGAGGCAGCAAAGGAGGGAGUCGUCAUGGCUGCCUCCGAGAUCUUCGAACUCCAGAGCGAGAGCACUAAGCUUGUCCAGAACGUCAUCCAGACAGCCGUUGACCAGUUCUCACGUACAGAAACGACCCCCACAGCCCCUGCUUCCGAUACACAGGCCCAAGUCCCGGUGAUGCAGGCAGACAGCCAGGACGCUCAACGAACGCUGGACAAAGAAGAAAGCCGCCAACAAGUCCUGGCCCAAGACGAAGCAGUGACCCCCGCAGCCCAAGAAGAACUUGCCCUUUCUGAUGAUUCCAAAAGCGUGAGCGAGACUUCAGAAGAGGCCAAUAUGCCUGCAGUCAAAAGUGCCAGUAUCAAAGACCACCAGUGCGAGCAGGUCAUUGCCCCACUCGGGGCAGAGGGAGAUGGAAGCGGAACAAAACCUGUGCCAGGCGAUGACUGUGCCAAAUUCGGAGAAGGUGUCGAGAAGCUGCCAUCUGAACCCAAAGAUCAAAGGGGGCAUGGUGCUGAUGGCCCCAAACACCAAAGCUCAGCCCAGGCAGAGGCGGAUGCCUCCGGAAAUCUAACCAAAGAGUCUCUAGACACCAAUGGACCAAAGCUAACGGAGGAGGGAGAUGCCUGGGAAGUAGGAAUGCAAGGAAAAAUGUCCACCGAGUCAGUCAAAGAGAUGAAGCUCCAGACAGAAGAGGACCUACCGGAGCCAGAGGGGGACUUGUCAGAAUCCUAAGAUGUUGGUUACUCACUGUAUACCUGCGAGACCAGAAUGUGAAGACAAGCCACGGAACAAAAUGCUGCUGUUGGGACGUUGAGACCAAGAUUGCCGAGCCCUUGAGAUUCAGAGAUUGGGCUAUCCACUGAUUUCAACCUUGGAGAGAACCCCGACAAUCCUGAGGUUUCACCAGGAGCUAGAGCCAGCUAACAUUUCCUUGUUUCAAGACUGCUUUGAUUUUUUCCCCCCCUUGGUACACCAUAUAUUUCUGAUUUAAGGUCCUACAUUCUCAGCCUGGAACCGAUGUCGGCAAUACCUAGUUCUGCUUCUCAAACUGGAGCGUCCUCUUUCAUGUAUUUAUAUGUAUGUUUUAUGUAAUCCUCCUCCUGUACCUAUUGUAUAUUUUUUUCCUAACGUUUAAGCACAUGCCUUUUGUAUUAUGCAAUAUGUAAUGGGCGUGUAGCCAUCAUGAAGCUUCGAGAAGCCCCAAGCCUCAACUAUAACCUGUGGCAAACAGAGAAAUAACAUUCCUGAGAGGAAGGUACAAGUCCUUAAAGUUCACUGAUGCUUAGGUUUGUGGGUUAGCCAUCUCCUGAAAGUGGUCGUUUCCUUAUGCACAGCGAGCUCAGAAAUAAAAUGCCAUUUGGAAGCAUCCAGAAUGUCCCGAUAUUUCUGUGACGUGUUUCUUUCUAAUCCAGUCCAGGUGGGAAAGAAGUCUCUUUAGUGGCAGAUUAAGCCCCUUCUCUUAGUGACAUGGACAGAUGAGUGUGCCUAAGGCCGUGAGAAGUUUUCCACCUUAAGAAGGAAAUCCGUUGUACUUUUUUGAUUGUACUCAUGUGCUGGAUUGAAUUCAUACGCAGAACGAAGUGAGUCCUGUUCUUUAUAAAUGGUAUUUUGAUAGAUACUGGAGUGUGUCUGUGUUAUAUCUGUGCCCCUUUUAAGAACAAUGUUGCAUUAUGUUCAUUUGGAUAAAUUGUGAUUUGACAGCUGAUUUAAAUAAAAUAUUUGCUUCACUUAGA